AUGAUGUUUUUUUUCUUGUCUUUGGUUACAUUCUUUUCUUAUUGCGCUGCAACGGAUCAGCUGUCAUGCAAUCCGAGAUAUGGAGGUACCCCUGUGCCUAUCGGAGUUUUCAUCGCAAAGUCGCAUUUGGUGACGAAGCUUUCUGAUAUUGAAAUACCUAUGCGAAUUUCAUUACAUUACAUACAAAACCAUUCAUGCAUACUAGAUGGUUUUAAACUAGAGCUCAUAACAAAAGAUACUGGCUGCGCGACUUCUUUGGGAAUGCGUGCGUUAUUCGAAUUAAUCGCAGCUAGACCAAGGCCUGUUGCCAUUUUUGGCGGAAUGUGCACUGAGGUGAAUGAACCAGUUGCAAUGGCGCUAAAAUACUGGCAGAUUGUACAACUGAGCUAUGCUGAAACCCAUCCUAAAUUUGCCAGCGCAGACUCCCUAGAGUUGUAUCCUACAUUUUUUCGAAUUAUACCAGGAGAUCGAAAUAUUAACAACGCUAAAUGCCAGCUCAUAAAUUAUUUCAAAUGGAAGAAAGUAGGAACAAUAAAACAAAGUGAUGAAGCCCGUCACGCAUUACCACAUGAAACGUUAACAACUAAGUUAGAACAUGGUUAUGGAAUUCGAAUCGCUUAUACAGCCGGUGUUACACUGCGGGAACAGGAUAAUAUAGGAUAUGAGUUGGAUAAUCUAAAAGCGAAAGAUGUGCGAGUGAUCAUAAUGGAUGUAGAAGAGAAAAUGAUCUCAUUAAUUUUUUGUGAAGCGUAUAAGAGACACAUGUAUGGAGAUUAUUACGUUUGGAUCAUUCCCGGAUAUCAUGCUAACAUAUGGGAACGUAGCAAGUUUGGAAACUGUAGCAAAGAGCAAGUUGAGCUUGUAUUUCGCAACCAUUUUGCUGUACAACAUGCAUUAUCUCGAAAUGACUUCGAUAAAGUUAUAGUAGGAGGAAAGAAAGCUGGAGAUAUAUGGGGCGAGCUAGAGAAGUCAUCUUCUCUUUUACGUGGCUAUUUAUAUGAUGGACUAUGGGCGUUAUCAAUAGCUUUGAGUAAAGCCCUAGGAAAAGAUGCUUCUUUCUCUCAUUCAAAGCUGUUGACUGCCAUAUAUAACACUUCUUUCGAGGGCAUAACUGGUAAAGUUCAAUUCGAAAACAAUGAGCGUUUGGGGCUAGUUGACAUUUUACAAUGGAGAUCCGAUAAAUAUUACUACAUAGGACGAUAUGAUGGUGCAGAGAAUACGUUUCAAAUUAAUGAAACUAAUCUAGGAGACUGGAAUGCUCCACUGGACUCAACUAUAAUCGAAAUUAGAAAGGAAUAUAUCACAUACUCAUUAUUUUCCGCUAUGGCUUUCGCUUCUCUCAUAGGAAUUAGUUUGGCUAUUUUAUUCCUUUUUCUUAAUGUAAAGUAUAGAAAACACAGAUUUAUAAAAAUGUCCUCUCCCAAUUUGAACAAUAUUAUCAUAAUUGGUUCCAUAUUCACUUUUGCAUCUGUCAUUUUACUAGGUCUUGACACUAGAGUCUUGUCGUCGGAAGAAUUCGUCAAAAUGUGUUACGCAAAAAGCUGGACGCUCUCGUUAGGAUUCACUCUGGCUUUCGGAGCCAUGUUUUCAAAAACGUGGAGAGUUCACUCAAUUUUUACUAAUAUUCGAAUGGAUAGGAAGGCGAUAAAGGAUUCUAAAUUGUUCAUGAUCUUGGGAUUUCUACUAUUAGUGGAUAUAAUUGUUUUAUCUUCAUGGGCUAUCUUUUCGCCGUUCCAUAUAACAGCCAUGGAACUGCCGAAAAUUCAAAUGGAUUAUAAUGUUAUUGUUCCCAUAGUUGAGAGAUGCCAGUCUGAGCAUUCAAUGGUUUUUCAAGCAACCUUAUAUGUUUCGAAAGGAGUCCUUAUGGUAUUAGGAUGUUUUCUAGCUUGGGAAACACGCCACGUUAAUGUACCAGCUCUUAAUGAUAGUAAAUAUAUAGGAAUGAGUGUUUAUGGAGUGGUUGUUACAAGUAUUUUGGGUUUGAGCAUUAGCGUAAUACUUCAGGAACGUGUGAAUGAAGCGUUUGCUUUGACUUCUUUCUUAAUAAUGUUUUCAACAGCCGUUACGCUUUGUCUGGUGUUUGUGCCGAAGGCUGUGGAGCUAAUACGGAACCCACAAGGCACAGAACCUAGAACUUACCGCCGAGGAAUGAUGAAAUCGGUUGUAGCGAAACCUGCUCCAUGCCAACCAGUUAUAACCAAUAUCACAAAAAAUAUUCGAGAAGUUGAUAAAGACUUACUAUCCAAAGUUGAAAGCGAGAAUAUCAUUAGACGUAGAUAUUUGCAUCAGAAAAGUAGUCAGCUAUGGGAUUUAUUGGCUCAUUUGAGAGAACUUGGUGAUACACAUUUUCUUCAACAAGAAUGGUGCUACAUAAGUAAUAAUGUGAAUACAGACACGGAAAAUGAUCGACUUUUGUGUCAACAUAGUGUUCAAUGGGAAGCCGGGAAGUUGAAUGCUGAACAUUCUGAAGGAUGGCCAUGGGUAGAUCCCGAUGAGCCAAGUACUCUCUUAUAA